CGUACAUUCUCGCCGCCAAACAAGCUUCUACCUCUUCUCUCCUCCAACCACUGAACCAAGGCUUCUCUUGACGUAAAGUUCUCGACCCAAAUAUUAAUUGAGAUGGGGAAGAAAAAGAAUAAAACUUCGAAUGAGCCCGAACCGACAUUCGAUAUAAAGUCGAUGAUUCAUGAAAAUGCUUUGUUCUUUGACAAGUUGGUGGAUUUAAUACCUGCAAGAUUUUACCUUCCUGAUGAAAAGGAUAAGCCUUGGUUUCAGGGUCUUAGCAAGGCUGAAAAGGCUUCUGCCAAGAAACAAUCUAGGGAGAAUGUUAAGAAAGCUCGUAGAGAUAGGUUAGAUCCCGAGAAGUCGACGAAAUCGACUCUCCAUUUGUUGAAGGAGAACUUGGAGAAGGAGAAGAAUAAGGAUAGUGAUGGUGAGGAGGAAGAAAUCGAGGUCAGACCUAUAAUGUCUGAUUUAGAUGGCGGUGAGGAACGGUCGGUGACUUACGAAGAACUUAGGGAAAGGCUUCGUAGGAAAAUCGAGGAGCUUCGGGGUGGCAGGAAUACUGCGGGUUCAGAUAAAGGGAAGAAGAGGAAGAAUGAGAGGAAUGAUAAGAAGGGUAAUGUUCAAAAGAAGCAAAAGAGGGAUGACGGCGGUGCUGAAGAGAAGAAGGUUGAUGCAAGUAAUUAUGAGGAUCAAGUAGAGAAGGAUGUUGAAGAAGCUGCAAAGGAACUUACUUUUAGUCGUGUUAAACUUGGGGAUGACGAUAACCAUGGGAAGAAGAAGAAGAGAAAACUUUCAAAGUUCAAGGAGCUUGAAAAUGCAAGGAAGUUGGAAGAAGCUAAAAAGGAUCCCGAGAAAGGAGAGGUUAUCGCGAAGAAGCAUUCAUGGAAGGCAGCAAUGGACAGAGCUUCAGGGAUUAAGGUCCACGAUGAUCCAAAGCUGUUGAAACAGAGUAUACAGAAGGAGAAGAAGAGGCAGCAGAAGAAUUCCGAGAAGUGGAAUGAGAGAGUUGAAACAACCGAGAAGUUGAAAGCAGAGAAACAGCAAAAGAGAUCUGAGAAUAUAGCUGACAAGAUUCACCAGAAGAAGAUGCGACGCAUUGCGAAGAGGGAAAAGAAGCUGUUGCGACCGGGUUUCGAAGGUCGCAAGGAGGGUUUCAUCAAUGGAGAGUCAGCCUAAGGUUCAUUUCUUCCAAAUUUCCGCAUAGCCUUGGAGUUUUUCAUUUGCAUGUCGUAGUUCAUGUAAGGUUACAUGUUAGGAAGGCUGUUCUUACAAUUGCUUUUCCUUUAUUUUUUUUCCACCUAGAGAAGAUGAAUGAAUGUUGCUUAAGAACUAAACUCGGAUUAAUGUACUGCGAAGUAUUGGAUUCUGAUUGUUUA